AUGGACGACUUCUUCACUCCAGUCAGCAAGACCUACUUGAAAGUGAGGCCCGAGGAACCUCUUUUACAAGAAUCGGAACCAAGCAAGAAGCCGACACAAAUUGUACAACAUAGCUCUGACGUCACCACUGUUGAAGCUGUUCUGGAAAGCCUUAAGAGCCAGCCGGACUAUGACAGCCUUAUAGCCGUUCUCAACUCUCUCGACCACGGCACGAUUGCUGCCACAGGCUUCAAAGUCGCACGGCCGAGUCCAGAGGCUGCGCAGGUUAUCCAAUGCCUGGUCUCGGAAAUUGUACCCAACUACUGGCCCUUGCUCAAGGAGGAGGCUUCUGAAAAAUCGAGUAUUCGAGACGCCGGCAGCCAACCCGACCUCGAGCUGCUGUUGAGAUGUCUGAGAAACGUCACGGGGCUUAACGCUGUCAUCACGCGCAUGAAAGCGUUGAUCCAAGAAUCCAAGGCUAGCGCAAAAGAUGUGAAGCGACCGGACUUGGUACUCAACCUGAGCGUGCUACUCGAAGUUUGCUCGGCGGUGUUGAGCAAAGAUGAACACCUCGCUGCGUUGUGGACUGCAAGCAGCUCAGGACUUGACUCUACAGCGAGACGAAGACCGAUGGCCCAUGAAUUUACGGCACUGAUUGCCGGCGGAAGACUCAUUUCAGUCGCAGCUGAGGCAAACGCCAUCGCCAAUCCAGAGAUGACCGCUAGAAACAACCUUUGGAUCGCAGAUGGACAACAAUACAGCAAGUGGCUGGGCAGGAGCAUCAUAUACUGGGCGCAAAGCGACAUAUCAUCCGAAGAUGCCAAGCUGUGCUCAGAAGUGUUUACGCGAUCUCUCCGUCUGGGCUAUCCAGGUAAGCCUCAGAUCCUUCAAGCUAUCCGAUCUCGAACCGACCCGCUAAAAUUCCUCCAGAUGGCCUGA